UAUCGUGACACAUGUGAAUUAGGUAUUUGAUGUCAAGAAGUCAAAAAACUCAAAAACAGAUUACAGUUGUGAAUUAUAUAGCAAAUAGUAAAGCAUAAAUAAAAUAAGACUAUCUAGCUAAAAUAUUCUAAAGCUAUAAUGAGUAAUUCCAAUACAGUGCCCCAUGUCGACCGUGAAUUAGAUUUGUCAAAUACGGGAAGAGGUGUAUGGCUAGUAAAGGUGCCGAAAUAUAUUGCCAACAAAUGGGACAAAGCUUCAGGUGAUAUAGAAGUAGGUAAAUUAAAGAUAUCUCGAGUUCCUGGUCAACGUGCUCAAGUCCAGCUGUCGCUGUCGGAAGCUGUUUUGUGUUUAAACGAACCCGGAGAACAGGCUUUACCUAAGGAGCAUCGCCUCGAUGUAUCUAAUGUAACACGACAAUCUUUAGGAGUUUUUUCUCAUGCUGUUCCAUCAAAUACGGAUACAGUGGUUCCUGAAUCUGAAAAACUUUAUAUGGAAGGUAGAAUAGUACAAAAAUUAGAAUGUAAGCCAUAUGCAGACCCAACUUAUUACAAGCUUAAGUCUGAAUCAAUAAGGAAGGCUUUGAUGCCACAAAGACAAGUACAACAACUGAAAGGAAUUGUGCAAAAUUUCAAACCUGUGUCUGACCACAAACAUAAUAUUGACUAUCAAGUAAAGAAGAAAGCGGAAGGUAAAAAGGCUCGUGAUGACAAGGAAUCGGUGCUCAAUGUUUUGUUUGCAGCAUUUGAGAAACACCAGUAUUAUAAUAUUAAGGAUUUGCAAAAUAUAACAAGACAACCUAUAGUAUAUUUGAAGGAAAUAUUAAAGGAGGUCUGCAAUUAUAAUUUAAAGAAUCCCCAUAAGAAUAUGUGGGAAUUGAAACCAGAGUACAGGCACUACAAACAGGAGGCCCCUGUUGAGACCAAAGAGGACCCUCAAAGCUCGGACAGCGACUAGCCAUAGACAAUAUUGUGCAUCCAAAGCAUAAUAUGAAAACUGAUAUCUUUAGAGUUAAGAUAGAUAAUGCAUUUAAAUAAUAAGUUUCAAUAAAAAAAAACAUAUUUGUUGAGUAAA